GCUUAUUCCGCUGUGACGUUUACAGGAAGUGGCGACGCAAACGACCGGAAUCAUAACACUGCUUCGAAGUCUUACUCCACGUCCGUAUAUUGUCUGAUAAGUCAAAUCAACUACAAGUUUAUUGUCAAAUGUGCCCUCUGUGUUUCUUUUAAUUAAAUCAAGUAUUUUGUUUCCAACGCGGUUAUAACUUAACGUUUGAUUUGCUGGAAAAAUGUGGGACGGUUUGUUGUCCACUUGAUAAACGAGCAGGAUGACUGCUGUGCAACGUGAUCGCAGGAUGGACGAAAUGGAGGCUAUGUGACCCUCAUCAACCCCUUUUCUCCCUCCCCCCAAAUUCGUCUUUUUUUUGUGGGUAUGCCUCGACUGGAAGAGUUUGCCAAUGUGGCCCUGAGGGUGCCCAUCAUCCUGGUGCUGGACCUGCUCUACAAGCAUGACAUCGUUACUUUGACGGCGCACCUCAGGGUCAAAAACGAACAUAUGUUCACCAAGUACGGAUGGCUCGUCUCCGAUAUGUUUUACCUUGGUCACUUGCUGAUGCUGGUUUUGCUGCUGCUGCCACUGAGACACAUCGUGAGCGUCUACCUGCACGUGCUGGCCGCCAUGCUGCUCUUCGUGGGACACCAGAUUGCAAGGGAGUUCAUCAUGGAGGAGCUGCAUUCGGACCACCAGGGGGCGCCCUAUCUCCACGUCGAGGCCAUCAACAGAUUCAUUUGGGCCGUGACAGGUCAGCUCCUGGUGAGCGCGCUGAUGGCGUUCCUGAUGAAGACGCGCAAGGUGUGGCUCUUCUGGGUCCCCGCGCUCCCCCUGCUGGCCCGCCUAGGCGGCGCCCCCGUGGCCCUGCUGCCCGCCGUGCACGCCUUCGCCGCCGCGCUCAGCGAGGUCGCCUGCUGCCUCUUCCUGCUCUCGGUGCUCUACCGCCUCACCAAGGCGGCGUUGUCGCUCGAGAUGGAGGGCAUGGCGCUGUCCCGCCUGCUGGGGGCAGCGCUCUCGCUGUGGACUCAGUUUGCCGUGCCGCUUCUCUUUAGCGUCUUCUGGUUGGUCCUCUUCGCCGUCUACCUGUGCUCCGGCGUGAUGUCCCCCGCCGCCUCGUCCGCCGCCCGUCACAGCCUCCUCUUCUUCCUGCUCACCGGUGUUUCCGAAUGCUGUGCCACGCCGUACUCGCUGUUGGGUCUGACUUUCGUGGUGUCCUACUUGGCGCUGGGUCUGCUCAACCUCUGCAAGUUGUUCCUGGGGAGCGACGACGCCGCCCUGCACAACCACAACGUGAUGCACAGGGGCUUGACGGAGGGCGUGACCCUGCUCCUGCUCGCCCUGCAGACGGGCCUGCUGGCGGCGGCGACGCUGCAGCGGACCUUCCUGCUCAGCAUCAUCCUCUUCAUCGUGCUCACGUCCACGAUGCAGGCCAUGCUGGACAUCACCCACCCGCUCGUCCUCGCCAUGGCCGCCACGCGCAACAGGAGCGUGUGGAAGCACUUGCGUGGGCUCAGCAUGUGUCUUCUUCUGCUGGUCUUGCCAGUAUUCAUGGCAUAUGAGAUUUUACAGUUUUUCCAGAUGGACUUCUGGCUCCUCAUUUUGGUGGCCGGAUGCAUGCUGACCUCCCUUCAGGUCACGGGCACGCUGUUCAUCUACUCCCUCUUCAUGGCGGAGCUGUUCCGCAGCGAGCCCAUGGAAAACUUGGACGAGGUGAUCUACUGGGUGAACGCGGUGAGCCGCUUGCUGGAGUUUGCGGUGGCCGUGUGCGUGGUGGCGUACGGCGUCUGGGAGUCGCUGUUGGGCGAGUGGAGCUGGACGGGCGCCUCGGUCAUCGUCGUCCACUCGUACUGCAAUGUGUGGCUGCGAGCGCAGUCGGGCUGGCGCAGCUUCUUGCUCCGGCUGGAGGCGGUCAAAAAGAUCAACUCGCUGCCCCGGGCCACGCCGCUGCAGCUCCGGCGCCACAAUGACGUCUGCGCCAUCUGCUUCAUGGAGAUGACGUCGGCCGUGGUCACGUCGUGCGACCACUUGUUCCACGCCAGCUGCCUGAGCAAGUGGCUUCACGUGCAGGGGACGUGCCCCAUGUGCCACCAGACGAUCCCGGCCCAGCCGCCGACCCACCGCGCCACAGAACCCGACGAUUCGGCCCCCCCGCGUCCCGACGCUCUGGCCCCUCCGGAGGAAGACUCUGUGGAGGAAGACGGCUUCGAGUCGGCCGAGGAUCCUGACAACGAUCCAGAUGAGGGUGAUGUUUUUUGAUGUGGAGUUUUUUUUAUUUUUUGCAUUUUCAUUUUUCAUAAAUGGUACAGUCCUGCCAUCUUAAAUCUGUCACAUGUUAACAUGAAUGGACAAACAUAACUAAGGUGCUGUUUUUUUUUUCUGUCGCCCUGCCGUCUCAUUCUUUGACGUGAGGAGUCAAAAGUCUAAUUUUCUCAUCUUUUUAUUUUGGCCUUUCUUCUAAAUGUGACUUAGUUGAAGUUUUUCAAAACCACCAGACACAUAAAAGGUUCAUUUGUGUUUCAAGACGCAAUGGUCAACAUCUUUUUGACUACUGAAGGAGUGUUUUACUUUUUUUUUUUCUUCCAGAAGCUAACAUGCUUAAAAAAAAAAAAAAAAAAAACAUUGAAACG